AAACAGAAAAUAUUAAGAUGGGCAAAAGAACACAGACAUGGAACAGCGAUAUGGCUUUUUCUAAGUUUUGACCCAUGCUUUUCUGAAGGAAGAGUAGCACUGGCUCUGGAGCAGCAUGUGUACACGCUGUGUCCUUGUGGAGUCUGGAGUCGCUAGGGCAACUGGCCUACCUGCUCUGCUUGGAGAAGGGGAGCAGGCCAGGGGAUGCGACCCCUGUCAAUACACAGCUUGACUCACCUGUUCCCGUUUUCUCCAGUUGUGCUAUUUACAAACAAACACAUGGUUCAACUGUUUUGGGGAACUAUGGUAAGCUUCAUGAUAUAAAAUAAUGUGAUCUGCUUUAUCUCCUAACGUAUUACAUAAGUUGACUGCAGGUAUUUACUUAAAAAAGUAUCUACUAAUAUUAACAUGAAUUGAAAAACAUAAAAUAAAUAGUUUCAAUGGUAUUAAAAAAAACAGUCCCUGGCUGCGGUCUCCAGCCCAAGCCUACUCUCACCCUAUUACCUCAACCUCUAUCCUCCUCCCUCAUCUACCUUAUCUCCAACCUCACUCGAGGACAGCCUUAUCACCACCCUCCUCUCAUCCAUACACCUACACUCCUCCUCUCCUCAGCAACCUACAGAGAGCCUGAAUACCACCCCCUUCCUGUCCUGUACUACAUGAUCUGCAAACAUUAUUCUGUCAUUCCUUUGCUGAGAAGUUUAUAUUGGAGACAAGACUGUCAACGAAUGUAAUGUAAAUGGACUGUGUGUAUGAUAUUUGUACAUGAGAACUAAGUAGAAAGACAAACCAGACAAAGAGAUUCUCCGGUACUUUCGUAUACUUUUUAGUAUGUAGUUCUGAAAGUAGUACUCACGAGCUAAAAGUGGCCCCCUGAAAAUGGCAUACUAUGUGAUAUAUGUGCAGAUAUGUGCACCAUGUUAUCUCUGUCUGUCCGUCCGUCCGUCCACUGAGCCGUUGGGCCCGCCCUGCAACCUCUUUGGAUAUGCUGGGGUGGCCUCUUGCUAGCUGUCACUCAAAUGCGAGGCUAGAACUCAAAUUGCUAGGGCGUUGGCCCAGGGGAAAUUUAUGUAAAAUGAUGCAGCACAGCUUCAAGAAAACAAUCACUUUCAAAGUAGGAAUUUUUGGCUAAUUGAUGUAAAACAGCAAUUCUGCUCAUAGAUUAUGCAUGUAUGAACUACACAUUGACACAUCCAAAGCGGGAUGUUUAGAAAAUAUUUUCUUUGUUGCCAAAGUAACUAAGAAGCAUGUAUUUAGUGCUGCUUCACCUCAUUUUUAAUCCCAUAAAGAUCUUCCCAGUAUUUCUGUGUGGAAAGAAACAUGAAUAAAUAAGUCAGCACUAUCUUACAUGUCCACCCCUUCUAGGGGAUUCUGUCAAAACACGUUAAAGGCAACAUUGUGGAUGGUGAGAUGAGUUCAUGUUAAUGAAUCUCAGGUAGAUUCAAUUGAGCUCUGUGGGAUAGUAACAAAGUCGCAGGUUUUAUGUAACUGUGUCAAGUAAAGGGUUAACCUAUAGGACACUCCCCUACCCUGCUUUUGGUUCACUUCCUAAUUUGUGAACUUUACUCUGCUAAUACACAGUUCCAGUCAGAACUACUCCAUUUGAGAGGGAGUCUAUGGAUCAGUCCUCUGCAGAAAGACAGACCGACACACAGGUAGUAUGUCCCAACGUGUGGCAGUGAUCGGGGCGGGUCCCUCAGGUCUGACCAGCAUCAAGAGCUGUCUGGAAGAGGGUCUGAAGCCCACCUGCUUCGAGAGCAGUGAUGACAUCGGGGGGCUGUGGAGGUUCAAGGAAACCCCUGAGCCGGGCCGCUCUAGUAUCUACCGCUCUCUGGUGGCGAACACCUCCAAGGAGAUGAUGUGUUUCAGUGACUUCCCUAUGCCAGCUGACUACCCCAACUACAUGCUGCACUCCCAGCUGCUGCAGUACUUCAGGCUUUAUGCUCAACACUUUGACCUCCUCAGACACAUCACCUUCCAGACCAGCGUGCUGACUGUGAGACAGAGGCCAGACUUCAGUCGUUCAGGCCAGUGGGAGGUGGUGACAGAGAACAGGGAGGGACAGGAGCAGAGACACAUCUUUGACGGGGUACUGGUUUGUUCAGGACACUACACACAGCCUGUCUCACCGCUAGACCAGUUCCCAGGCCAUGAGUCGUUCCCUGGCCGCUGCCUACACAGCUGGGAGUAUAAGGAUGCUGAUGCGUUUCGGGGGAAGAGGGUGGUGGUAGUGGGGAUUGGGAACUCUGGAGGAGACAUCGCUGUGGAGAUCAGCCGGGCUGCAGAGAAGACCUUCCUGAGUACCCGUAAGGGGGCGUGGGUGUUAGCUCGUAUGUCCAGUAGCGGUCUCCCACUGGACAUGACGGCCAUCUCACGGUUCACGGUCCUGCUAACCUCCCUGCUGCCCAGAGCGCUGGUCAACUGGGCUGCAGAGAGAACCCUUAAUCACCGAUAUGACCACCGUCUCUAUGGCCUACAGCCAACACACAGGCUGCUAGAGCAGAAGCCGCUGAUCAACGAUGACCUUCCAGGCCGUAUCCUGCAGGGGGCAGUAGUGCUGAAGCCAGACCUGAGAGGGUUCCAGGGGUCCGGACUGCUGUUCCAGGAUGGAACCACGGAGGGGGACAUCGAUGCAGUGGUCUUCUGUACUGGAUACAAUAGCACCUUCUCCUUCCUGCCCCCGUCACUAUGUUCAGGACCUCGGGGGGAUCUCAAGCUGUACAGACGGGUGUUCCCUCCAGCUCUCGAGCGCCCCACGCUGGCCAUCAUGGGUCUGUUCCAGACUAAAGGACCCAUCUUUCCUGCUGUGGAGAUGCAGGCCCGCUGGGUCACGAAGGUCAUCGCAGGGAUGACCCAGCUCCCACCACGGAAAACAAUGCUUUCCAAAAUCGAGACGGAGACGAAGAGGAACAUGAAGAGUUACCUGUGUCCCAGACAGGCAGCUCUCCAUGUGGAUUAUAUACCAUACCUGGACUCCCUGGCUGAGCAGGUGGGGGUUCGUCCCAACAUCCUAGGGCUGCUGCUGAGGGAGCCUAGUGUGGGGCUGCGUGUACUGCUGGGGCCCUGCACCCCUUACCAGUACCGCCUAAGAGGGCCGGGAAAGUGGGACGGGGCCCGACAAGCCAUCCUCACUCAGUGGGAGCGCGUAGCCCAGCCCUUCAGAACCAGGCUGGAGCCAGAACCCCCCAGGCCCUUGGUCCUUCUGUCCCCCUUGCUGAUCACGCUGUCCGUGGGAGCUGUGAUGCUAGCUGUGGUCCUCUCCCAGUGUAAACUGGCCUUAUGUCUACAGGACCUACUACAGGACUCAACUCACCUGCUGGACUAGCUCUCAGCACUACUGUGAGGCUCGGAGUAGAAGAAUCCUAUAUAGCAACAGAUCUAGGAUCUACAUUAAUACUCUAUUGCCUUCACUAUCGACCAGGCUCUUUGUUUGUUUUCUUCUCGUCAAGACCAGUAUGCGGGGGAUCUUUUUUCAAGCGUUUAUUUUACACCUGCUACGUUAGGUUAGGCUGUAUCUGACCUAACAGACUGCUUUUGUUGUCUUACAAAAACACUCAUUAGGUGUGCUUGCUGAAAGGAAGUCCUCUCUAAAACUCUUACUCUCAUUUGAUUUCUUUGGUUAGCUCUAACACUUAAACUGCUUAAGCUAUUAACAUGAAACCAACUUUAAAAGGUGCAGACGGACCCGACUUAGCGUGCUUGAGAAAUUAUUUUUGAUAAUUCAGAGCAGAUAUUUAUCACAUUUAUUUAAGAUUCAAAGAUGUUGGCAGAAGAAAAUGGGGUGUCAGCUUUGACAUGACCUUUUGAUAAUUGAACUCCAGUAAGAAGUGGAUUUACACCCGGUAACAGAAUUACAUCAUGGGUCCCUGAUCUGUACUACACAGACAACAUGGAUAAUGAUGUAUCCUGAAUAGGAACACAAAGGUAGAAAUAUGCAAUAUCAUAUGGGUAUUAUUCUACACACGGGCUAUUAUUCUAAUGAGCUCUGCCCUUAACAAGACCAUAUUUGGUUGGUCUGGACCAGACCAAAUCUGAACCAAUUAUAGACAUCUAUGUUUCACAAAUUUGGACAUCACAGUACAGUAGAGUACAGCACAGCACAUCACAGUAGAGUAUUGUCAAGUAUAGUUCAGUGGAGUAUAGUACAAUACAUUAUAGUGGACUCUAGGGUUCUCUACUGUACUAUACUGAACUUCACUCGACUGUAGGCCUACUGUAUGGAACUAUACUCAACUUUACUUGUCUUUGCUGUACUAUACUCUACUGCAGGAGUUGUUUUGCUUUGUGAUCCACCAAUUGAGGUGUCUUUUGAGUAGCGACCCACCAUAAGCGUUGAGUGGUGAAGAAAUAUACACAGACCAAAGAAUAAGUAAACAAUAUCAUCCUUGCAGCAGAGAGAAAAUGUUGCAAUUUCAAAACUAAUCUCCUGCAAUUCCACAUAUCCUGUAAUGGAGCUGAAAGAACAUUUAGCCGUUUUAAUGCCAAUGUCCUGCAAUUCUAUGCAUUUUACCAUGCUGAGCGAAAAAAUUGCAGUCUUUAAGCUAAUUUCCUACAGUUCUAAGUAUUUUGACAUGGCUAAUGCUGUUUUCUUAUGCUCAAAUAUUAUUAUUUUUUAAAUCAACAAGGGCCUGAUUGUCUAGCUUUUAUCUUGUUGAUUGUAUAUAGAGUACCAGUCAAGAGUUUGGACACACCUACUCAUUGAAAGGUUUUUCUUUAUUGUUAUUAUUUCUACAUUGUAGAAUAAUAGUGAAGACAUGAAAACUAUGAAAUAACACAUGGAAUCAUGAAGAAACCAAAAAAGUGUUAAACAAAUCCAAAUAUAUUUUGUAUUUGAGAUUCUUCAAAGUAGGCACCCUUGGCCUUGAUGACAGUUUUGCACACUCUUGGCAUUCUCUCAACCAGCAUCAUGAGGUAGUCGACCCCGGCCUCGAGGACGACCCGGAGGACGAGGCGCGGGGUGAUCCGGGUGGAGGUGGUGGAAAUCCCUCAAGAGGGAAGGAUCUAAAAUGUCCCUCCCCGGUACCCAGCACCUCUCCUCCGGACCGUACCCCUCCCAGUCCACGAGGUACUGCAGGCCCCUCACCCUGCGUCUCGAGUCCAGAAUAGCUCGUACUGUGUACGCCGGGGACCACUCGAUGUCCAGAGGGGGUGGAGGGACCUCCGGUACCUCACUGUCUUGUAGGGGACCAGCUACCACCGGCCUGAGGAGAGACACAUGAAACGAGGGCUUAAUGCGAUAAUAAGAGGGAAAUUGCAAUCUAUAACACACCUCGUUUAUCCUCCUCAGGACUUUAAAUGGCCCCACACACUGCGGCCCCAGCUUCCGCCGUCCCCCGGUGCGAACACCGGGGCCUCACUGCGGUGGCGGUCAGUGUCUCUCUUCUGCCGUUCACUGGCCUGCCUGAGAGAAUCCUGGACUGCCCACCAGGUCUCUCUAGAGCGCUGUACCCACUCCUCCACCGCAGGAGCUUCGGUCUGACUCUGAUGCCACGGAGCCAGGACCGGCUGGUAGCCCAGUACGCAUUCGAAUGGCGACAUAUUCGUGGAUGAAUGCCGAAGUGAGUUCUGGGCCGACUCUGCCCACGGGACGUACCUCGCCCAUUCUCCUGGCCGGUCUUGGCAAUACGACCUCAGAAACCUACCCACUUCCUGGUUUACUCUCUCCACCUGCCCAUUACUUUCGGGGUGAUAACCAAAGGUAUGGCUGACCGAGAUCCCCAGACGCUCCAUAAACGCCUUCCAAACCCGGGACGUGAACUGGGGACCCCGAUCGGAGACUAUAUCCUCUGGAACCCCAUAGUGCCGGAAGACGUGUGUAAAUAGAGCCUCUGCAGUCUGUAGGGCCGUAGGGAGACCAGGCAAUGGGAGGAGACGGCAGGACUUAGAGAACCGAUCCACAACAACCAGAACGGUAGUGUUCCCCUGAGGUUGGGGAAGAUCAGUAAGGAAAUCUACCGAGAGAUGGGACCAUGGCCGUUGUGGAACCGGGAGGGGAUGUAACUUCCCUCUAGGAAGGUGCCUAGGAGCCUUACUCUGGGCGCAUACCGAACAGGAAGAGACAUAGAGCCUCACAUCCCUAGCUAAGAUGGGCCACCAGUAUUUCCCCCUAAGACCCCGCACUGUCCUAUCAAUCCCCGGAUGACCCGCAGACGGUAGUGUGUGAGCCCACCGAAUCAAUUUAUCACGGACACCAAGCGGUACGUAACUUUGACCGGUCGGACACUGUGUAGGCGCAGGUUCAACCCUCAACGCCCGCUUGAUGUCCGCGUCUACCUCCCAUACCACUGGGGCCACCAGCUGAGAGGCUGGAAGGAUGGGAGUGGGUUCGAUGGACCGGUCCUCGGUGUCAUAGAGACGGGACAGCGCGUCGGCCUUAGUGUUGAGGGAACCUGGUCUAUAAGAGAUCGUAAAUCUAAAACGUGUAAAGAACAUGGCCCACCUAGCCUGACGCGGAUUCAGUCUCCUCGCUGCUCGAAUAUACUCCAGAUGACGGUGGUCAGUCCAGAUGAGGAAAGGGUGUUUAGCCCCCUCUAGCCAGUGUCUCCACACCUUCAGGGCCUUUACCAUAGCUAGUAACUCCCGGUCCCCCACAUCAUAGUUCCUCUCUGCCGGACCCAGCUUCGGACUGUUCCAGAUAGCGUUGGCAGCAGACGAGGAGGCUCACACUCUCCUCACCCAAGGGAGCCGUACGCACGGUAGCCAGGUAGAGCUCUAGCUGGAGCAAAAAUCCCUGGCACCCAGCCACCACUCCAUCGUACUCCCUCGGGGGGGGAGAGACGCAGUGCGCUGGACCCAGAGGACGACGUAGGUGGAGUAGGUGGUGUCGGCUGUGGGGGAGCUGGGGUAGACGUCGGUAGACCACUCCUCUCCCAUCGUUCCAUCCUCUCCAUCAUCUGGUCCAUCGCUGUACCGAUCCGAUGGAGGACAGCUGUGUGGUGAUGGACGCGCUCUUCCAUAGUGGGAAGAGGGGUGGUCGCUGCUCCUGCUGACUCCAUUUUGGUAGUGCAGGCUUCUGUUAUGAUAACUAGGAGUGGUGGGUGGAAUCAGGCGCAGAGAGCAGGGUUCAGUCGUUUGUCAAAUUUAUUCACCAGCGCAACAAAAACGGUCACGCCAACACACAGGGCGUAUACAAGUUACCAGUCCAAACAACAGGACAAAAAUAGUCCGGAGAAUAAAGACACAAACAAAUAACACCAUCCAACAGAGUAACAAGAAACAAGCCCGCACAAAUACCCAGCGGGCCUAGUGCCCUUAAAUAGCCUACAAACAAACCCUAACACAAAACAGGUGUACCCAAUUACCCAAUAACCAAAAACAAACGGAAAGGGAAUCGAUGGCAGCUAAUAGGCCGGUGACGACGACCGCCGAGCACCGCCCGAACAGGAAGAGGCACCAUCUUCGGCGAGGUUCGUGACAGUAAUGGAAUUACAAGGCACAAAGCAAUGUUUCUUAAACAAUAGGCAAAUCAUUUCUCAAACUAAAUGUUGAUAUUAGUUGUCAGGGGUCUUUACUUCAACAUUAUUGUGUUUUGAUGUAUUUCUAAUACCUUUUAAGACUUUUUCUGGUAGAUAUUUUCUAAGACCCCUUUUCCAUCUUUUUGACCAGAAAUCAAGGCCAUUACUUAUGCCUAAUUUUUAAAAUAGAAAUGCCUUAAUUUCCCAAAAAUAUAGACUCUUAGCUUUCAUUUGACACCCAAUUUGAUAUGCUCCUGUGAACUUCACAUGUUGGUGCUCAUGAGUCCUUUUACAUGGAAAUUACCAUACAUAAUUUAACUACAUCAACAUUUAAGAUCAACCACAACGCAUUUGAAUGGCAAUCAAGGGGCCAUAGACUUUAAUGUUAAAAAUCAUAAAAAUGGACACGCUACUAUUCUAGAACCACCAUCAACUCCAAACCAACAUUGAAAUGUGCAGACUGACCCAAUUUAGAUUGUUUACAUACUACAUUUUGUUACUGUAUAUACUUUUUGACCUAUAAUCAUUUAAAAUGUACAUAAUAUACAUUACAGUCAGUGGUUUCUAUGAGAGGUAGAUAUUCACAGUAACACUGCUUUCUAACCAUUCAAGCAAGAAACACCAAAACCAAUUUCAGGAUGAUGGAAACACUUCACACAUUCAUAGAUUAUUUAAUUCCUCCAUCCUUUUAAGGGUACAAUGAUGCCUUUUUCUUUUUUUUAAAUCUCAGUAUCAAAUUACUUCUGGGUAACAAUUAAGUACCUUACUGUGAUUGUUGUAAAUGAAAAUGGUCAAAAAGAAACAAAAAUAGCUAGAAUUUUGCUAGGACUGUCUGGGAGUGGUCUCAGUGGGGAGGGGAAAACUGAACUAGCUGUUAUUGGCAGAGAGGUUUGUAACGCUCUUUCAUAUUGGUCUAUUAACUCAUUUAUUUUUCAAUCAGCUCUUACACUAAAAGGGCAUUAUCAUAAUUUUCACAAUUUCACAGUAUUAUUCCAAAUUUAAGAACAGAGUGGUAGACAAUUGAAAUGAAACUGCUCUUUAACCAUUUCCGCUACAAACAUGAACACAACUUUAACAUUUUCAAACUUUAUAAAUGAUGACUAUUAAAAUCGGCCUAAAUUAGCAUAAAUAACCAAUAGUAACUCUUGGACCGUUCAAGCUUGAACAUGUUCUGGCUAUCCUAUCCUUUUCAAUCAAUCAACACUUCAAGACAAGCUAGCAAGCACACACAUUUUAUUCAGGAAAUGUACUUUUCUAGUUAUUAUUAUUCGUCUUCCACUGCCAAUGUGUGUUUCUUGUGCUCCCUUGUUUGUAUUAUCAGUGUCUAAUGGUAAUGGUACUCCCUGCUUAAAUAAAUGAAAAUAAAUAACAUUAAACCAUC